CGCGUAUGUCACUUUAAAAUUCAAUCCAUACAAAUGUUUACAAAAUUUUCAUCAAGCGACGUCGAAGUGAUUAAAAUUUGGCUAAAACAAGUGCAGAAAUCCCACUUUUACCCAAUUGCUUGAAGGUCCAUCGAUUGGAGGAAGAAUUGUUCAUUUAAAUGGAUGUAGCCAAGUCGCUGUUCGGUUCUCGCGACCACGAAGGAUACGCUGGUAAAGAUGAACAUAUGAAAAAGCUGGAAACUGCUAUUUCCGAAGAUGAUGGAGAACUGGUCGAGCUGGGUGAAAGUUUGCACAUUUCCGAAGGCCUACGGCCUACAAUAGGUGGGCCAUUUUCUGCCCUGACACCGUCAAUGUGGCCACAGGACAUUCUGGCAAAGCUAGGGCAACCUGACCCGGAUGAACCCCCAAACCAUCAGCCGGACUAUCGGUUCGAUGAGUUCGGGUUUCGCGUGGAAGAAGAAGACGGCCCGGAACAAAGUUCGAACAAAUUGCUUAGUAUCCCCUUCAUGGAAGACCCCGCGCAGAGAUUACAGUGGGUUGCCCAUCUGGAAUUUUCGCAUAACAAGGAAGCUACAGAGCUCACGUGGGAUAGUGUAGAUGUCGUUCUUCCGCGAACGGAGAAAUUACGGAACAUGGUACGCGCUGGAAUACCGCACUCUUUACGGCCACAAAUGUGGCUACGUCUAUCUGGGGCGCUCCAGAAGAAAUUGAAAUCGGAAACAUCAUAUCAGGAGAUUGUAAAAGUUUCCUCUAACGACGCCCUCAUGACUUCGAAACAGAUUGAAAAAGAUUUGCUCAGAAUUAUGCCCACUAAUGCCUGUUUUAGUUCAUUAUCAAGCACCGGAGUUCCCAGGCUGCGUCGAAUUCUUCGCGGAAUUGCUUGGCUGUAUCCGGAUAUUGGCUACUGCCAAGGGACGGGUGUAAUUGCUGCUUCACUACUGUUACUUCUGGAGGAAGAAGACUCCUUCUGGAUGAUGGCAACCAUCGUGGAAGAUUUGCUGCCGGCGUCCUAUUACUCCUCGACACUGCUCGGCAUUCAGGCCGACCAGCGUGUGAUGCAGACGCUGAUUGGCAACUAUUUGACCGUUGUCGACGAAACACUUAAGAGUCACGACAUUGAGCUGUCCUUGAUUACGCUUCACUGGUUUUUGACACUGUUUGCCAGUGUCGUUCAUAUGAAAAUUUUACUAAGAAUUUGGGACUGGUUCUUCUACGAUGGCUCAAUUGUACUGUUCCAACUAACGCUUGGUUUGCUCAAAAUCAAAGAACCCUCACUGAAAAAUUUAGAAAAUUCAGCCCAAAUUUUCAACUCCUUAUCGGAUAUCCCCGGCGAUAUAGACGAUGUGGAGCACCUGUUUUCCAUAUCAAUGGAAGUGGGCGGCUCUCUGUCGCCAAUGGUCAUCGAAACACACCGCCGUCGGCAUUUGGCUUACUUGAUGGCCGAUCAGGGAGCCCUAGUCGGUAACCCCGAGGCCGGUUCUAACUUGCCCAAACAACAUCUGGCGCGCCGACAAGUGAAGAAAUCUAAAUCGAUGCUGCAGAUAAUUCUUUUUGGUAAUGACACCGGCGACGACGAGUUGAAGAACAAGAACAUUCGUCAGACGGAAAUACUAGUCGAUUUGCGAGAAGCAAUUCUAAAGGUGGCGAGACACUUUUUGGCUAUCGAGCCCAAGUUACAAGCACACAUUAAACUGAUUGCUGACUACAGCAUGGACAGUCAUGCCAAAGAUCACGAAAACUACAUCAAUGUGUCUCGAACGCGUAGUCGGCGGGCGAAAGCGUUGCAUGAUUUCGAACGACACGACGACGACGAAUUGGGUUUUAGGAAGAAUGACAUCAUAACGAUCAUCAGCCAGAAGGAUGAGCACUGCUGGGUUGGGGAACUGAAUGGACUGCGCGGCUGGUUUCCGGCCAAAUUCGUGGAACUGCUGGACGAGCGUAGCAAGCAGUACAGUUGUGCCGGAGAUGAUGCUAUUUCAGAAACCGUAACGGAUUUGGUGCGCGGAACGCUGGCUCCCACCAUCAAACAGGUCCUGGAGCACGGCAUGAAGCGUCCAUCGUUUCUCGGGGGUCCCUGCCAUCCGUGGCUAUUCAUUGAAGAAGCUGCCACACGUGAGGUGGAAAAGGACUUCGAGUCGGUCUACUCGCGUUUGGUGCUGUGCAAAACCUAUCGCUUGGACGAAGAUGGUAAAGUAUUAACCCCGGAGGAGCUGCUAUAUCGUUGUGUUCAAUCGGUGAAUCAGAGCCAUGACGCAACCCACGCACAGAUGGACGUUAAACUACGUUCGCUUAUCUGUCUCGGUUUGAACGAGCAGGUAUUGCACCUGUGGAUGGAGGUGCUCUGCAGCUGCUCGGAGAUUGUUCAAAAGUGGUAUCAACCGUGGAGCUUUAUCUAUUCACCCGGCUGGGUUCAGAUAAAAUGCGAACUGCGGUUGCUGUCACAGUUCGCGUUCAAUCUCAACCCGGACUGGGAGCUGCCGGCAAAGCGGGAAGCCGUGCAGAGCCAACCCUUGAAGGAUGGCGUGCGUGAUAUGUUAGUUAAGCAUCACCUCUUCUCGUGGGAUCUGUAAGGCAAAAUAGUUAGCAAAAUGAAAGAUCAAAGUUUCUCAAAGUUAUUUUAAUGUCAGAUGAGAUUUUUUAUUAUUUAUUUAUUCAUUUUUUUGGAAGUUUAUGAAUGAUUUGUUGAUUUAUGAUAAUUUUUAUAAUUUGACAAUAAGGAAUGCUUCUUUGCUAGCAAAUUAGGAGUCUCCUCUAGGUUGCCGUUACUUUAUGCUCAGAAGGUUAACGGCAAAUCUUAGAAAUGAUGACUGGGCGUCAUCUUCAUCGUUCAAUCAAGUUCAAAUUAGUUGUGAAUAGUAAUUACGUUCCAUUAGAUAAACGUAUGUAUGUUUCAAAGAUUUUCAUCACAGCACUCUAACAAAUUCUAACCAGUAAUAAAUAAUAUAUUUAUUCUAAUAUAUAUAAACAAAAUCCACUAGCAUUAAACAAAGA